UACGUACCUGCCACGUUGACCUCCACCGCCACCACCAGCACUAGCCCGGUAUACUCUGCACCUCGCAUGCCCUGUGUUCUCCAAGCAACGGCACCCUCCCACCGAUCGGCCCAUCUCCUCUCCCCGCCAUGAAGUCCCACCAGAGCAAGAGCGUCUCGUCUUCUCCGAAACGCUCCGCCGCCUUUGCCGCGCCGGUGGCCUUCCUGCUCGUCCUGGUGCUCGUCACGCUCUACGACUUGACCUUCGCCGACCGCCGUUACCUGCGCAUACAUGGCGCCGCUUCCUCGUCGUCGGCGUCUCCGGCAUGCGACCUCACGCGGGGCGAGUGGGUGCAGGACGCCGCGGAGGCGCCAUACUACACGAACCUGACGUGCCCCUUCAUCGACGACCACCAGAACUGCAUGAAGUUCGGCAAGCCGAGCCUCGAAUUCCUGCGCUGGAGGUGGCGGCCGGACGGCUGCGAGCUCCCCCGCUUCGACGCCGCGCGGUUCCUGGAGGCCAUGAGGGGCAAGUCCAUGGCCUUCGUCGGGGACUCCCUCGCCAGGAACCACUUCAAGUCCCUGCUCUGCCUCCUGUCCAGGGUGGCGCAGCCGGUGGAGGUCGGGGGUGAGUCGGAGAUCGACCCGACGGGGAGGGCCGUCCGGCGGGACUACUACUACGGCAGCCACGACUUCACCGCCUCCCUCUUCUGGUCGCCCUUCCUGGUCAAGGCCAACUUGUCGAACGCCACGCUCGGCAUGUGGGACGUGCACCUCGACACGCCGGACGCCCGGUGGGCGGCGCACCUCGCCGGCUUCGACCACGUCGUCCUGUCCGGCACCAACUGGUUCCUGCGCCCCUCGGUGUACUACAAGGGCGGGCGCGCCGUCGCGUGCAACGGCGGCGCGAGCUGCGUCAACGGGAACGUGACGGCCGAGAUGACCGUGCCCCGCGCCCUGCGCGCGGCGUUCCGGACGGCUCUCGGCGCCGUCGCCGCCAGCGAGGGGUUCCGCGGCAAGGCGGUGCUCCGGACGGUGACGCCCGCGCACUUCGAGGGCGGCGAGUGGAACACCGGCGGCGACUGCGUCCGCACGCACCCGUACCGCCGCGGCGACCGCGCCCUGGGCGCCUUCGAGGCCGAGUAUCGCAGCGCGCAGGUCGAGGCGCUGCGGGAGACGAAGGCGGCGGCGACGACGAGGAGGAACGGCGCGGAGGCGGAGCUGGUGCUGAUGGACAUCACGGAGGCGAUGGACCUGCGGCCGGACGGUCACCCGAGCCGGUACGGGCACCGGCCGGGCGGGAGCGUGGAGGGCAGCUUCGUGGUGGACUGCCUGCACUGGUGCCUGCCGGGGCCGAUCGACCUCUGGAGCGAGCUGCUGGCCCAGAUGCUCCUGGGUUGAAUCGUCUCUAGAAACCUGCAGAAUACGAUGAUACGGCCGUGAUUCUUCGAUUCUUGAGACGUGUGAAACUGUGAUGUAACUUGGAAAAGCUAACCUGUGCUCGUGUCGACAGAGUUAAGCGGUGCAUCGUGGAUCGUCGGCAGAAGUUUAUCUGGCAAAGUAGAUCCUCCACUAAACAUGGCCACUGUCACGCUGUCAGGACGUUGACUUGCUUAA